GAUACGCGCUCCAGGUGUGGGAGAUGACAACCUCUGAGAUUUGAUGAGGGUCAGCUGCGCCGUGGAUCAGAAAUGUCGCAGAAUCCCCGAGCGAGAAAAGUACGUGAAAACACUGCCAACCCUCUGUUCACGGAGUGGCUCAAGGAGUGGAGGGACGAAGCUGCCAGCAAGAAUUCGCACUCGAAGCUCAUCUACGCGAGAGCUUUGCAAUCCCUCAACAAGUUCCCCUUGCCCCUGAAAUCGGGGAAGGAGUGUAAUAUAUUGAAAAAUUUUGGUCAGAAAAUCUGUGAUCUGCUAGACAAGAAGCUAGAAGAAUACCGGAGACUCCACCCGGAAUUCGAAGAAAAUGCUACGGUAUCGGUACCGCUACCGAGAGAAAAAUCGGCCAACCGGCCGCAGAAAAAGCGGGUUCCCGCAAGUUCCUCCGAACAACAGCCGGGACCUUCGGGAGUGCGCGCUGGCGUUGUAUCGAAGGGACCCAACCCACAAGUUGCCAAGCCCAGCUCUAAAUUCCAAGGAGUCCCAAAUAUGGCCAAAGCCCGACUUAAGCCAGCUCUUAAAUCUUCUGCAAUGGCUAGCCUGAGGAUCCAAAAAGUCAACACCAAAGCACCCCGCGUGAAAAUCGGCUCUCGGAAAUCCAGCGGGAAGAAUUCUAGUCAGCAAGCUCCGGUCGCGGUCAUCGAGCCUCAACCGCGUUCGCCCAGUCCACCCGCCCCCGCAUCGCCUCCGAGAGCUCUCAUGCCCCGAUUCUCACUCGACAGUCCCGUGUCGCCGAUCGGGAAGGCUCGCGAACCCGCUCCAGAAGUCAUCGAUCUCAGUCAGCAAGACGACCCGCCCGAGCCAGACGUAGAUUCUCUUCUCCUGCUGACCAAUGAUCUACUCGCCGCAGCGUCAGCGGGGACUGGGAUGCCCAAUAUUACCGCUGACAAUGAGAAGGAUCACUGUGAUAUAAAUCAAGAGGAAGAAGAUGAUUCAGAUAAUUUCGUGGGACGGUCUCGUCCACCCACCGAAAGCACAACGCCAACGGUGUCUCCGGCGAGAGGAGUUCUAUCUCUAGAACGGCGCUCCGAUGAUUCUCUGAUGGAUCGCAUAGGAGAGCAGAAGGUCAGAGAUCAAGCCAUCGAAGAUUCUUUCGAUGAUCUCCUUCCGCGACCGAACAAAGCAUUGAUCGAAGAAGAUGAUUCCAUCCUGGAUAUAACGGCCGGAAUAAGGAAGAAACGAGAGAGUUUUUUGAAGAAACUCGCCUCACAAGCUCCUCCGAAGCAGGCUAUCCUUUCGGAGGCUCCAGACUCGAGUUUCCUCAAUUCUCCGAGCUCAUCGGUCGCUGUAACCGUUCCGGACUAUCCUCAUUGUCAGGAGAACCACUGCGGGGCCGAGCUUCCAGAUGAGCUCCGAGAAGCACAGAAGACUUCCACGAGGGAAAACGCUCCGCUUGUGAUUUCCGAGGACUCCGAUGACGAACUCUUGGUACCACUAUCCGAACGCUUGAAACUGAAUAAGGCACCAGCCGAGACUCCAACUCGGAAAGACUCUUUCGCGCUCCUGGUGGAAAACUUGGAAACACCACCAGUCUGUCGAGUCAUGAAAUCAACUGAGAACGAUGCUGUCAUAGAACCGGAUAUCGAGCGGCCACGGAAACGAUCGAAGGAGACGGAAGCGAAUCUGGAUGGGGAUGCCGCUCCGAAGAAGAAGCCAAGAAAACAAAAGAACAAGGGCCCAACCGCGGAGGAAGUUCCGACUCGAGUUUUCAAGUUACGUUAUGUCCCUGAAGGCAGCCGACUUCCGGUAUCGAAUCAUAUAAGUCAUCCUGCUUCGAAAUGUCCUCAUCGGAUUUCAAUGCCAUCUGGUACAUUCGACAUCGUGCUCUGCGUCGACAGCUGUGAAGCCACUGGUGGUGUUGCGACGAAGAAAAAAGAGGCCAUGAUUCAGGCUCUGCAGGACUCUGGCGUGAAAAUGGAAGUUCGUAAAAUGAACGUCGGUGAUUUUGCCUGGAUCGCGAAGAGCGGUGAUCACGAAUUGGUGUUAGAUUGUGUCGUUGAACGCAAGCGGAGCGAUGAUCUCGCUUCGUCCAUCAAGGAUGGACGCUACGCCGAACAGAAGCAUCGUUUACUCACUUCGGGCAUAAAGCGAAAGAUCUACCUUAUCGAAGAGUACAACCGAUUCGCGACGGGAGGCAUCACCGACCAAGCGUUGCUGCAAGCUCAGAUGAAUACGCAAGUUAUCAACGACUUCAUUGUGAAAAUCACAAAAAACACCAAGGAAAGUGCACGUUACCUGACAACCUUAACCAGAGCCUUGGAAGUCAAAUACAGGAAUUUGCAUCUACGUUCCUGUCUCAAGGAAGAGGCCCAAAUGUAUGAAAAUCAUUUGAUGACAUGGCAGGAAUACAACGAGGCUGGUUACAAGCGGAAAAAAAUCUGCACGAGGGAAAUGUUCAUACGCGCCCUCAUGGUGAUCAGAGCGAUGUCCUUAGAGCGAGCCUUGACAAUAGUCGCGGUUUAUCCGACUGUUACGGCCUUAGUUCAAGCCUUCGAUAGAUGUGACGAUACUAAACAAAAGGACAAAUUGUUGGCCGACCUCAAGUGCCCUAUUAGCGGGAGACGCAUCGGACCGGCCUUGAGUAAGGCUCUCAAGCAAAUAUUUGUACAUUGUCCUAGUGAGGAAUAG